AUGAGUGUGUGGAUUUUUGUUAUGGCGGUUGUGCUCAACUGUGUGAACCUAUUUGCCCAAGUUCACUUUACAAUUUUGUAUGCGGACCUAGAAGCUGAUUACAUCAACCCCAUCGAAUUAUGCUCGAAAGUGAACAAAUUGAUUACGCCAGAAGCCAUUUUGCAUGCUUUCAUUUCCCUUUCGUUUUUGUUGACGGGACACUGGUUUGUAUUUCUGAUUAACUUGCCUUUGCUUGCUUUCAAUGCCAACAAACACUACUUGAAGCUACAGCUACUAGAUGCAACUGAAAUUUUCAGAACGCUGGGCAAACACAAGAAAGAAAGUUUUUUGAAGCUCGGAUUUUACCUGUUGAUGUUCUUCUUCUAUCUAUACAGAAUGAUCAUGGCUUUGAUUGCCGAAGCGGACUAA